UGGGACCAUCCGCUGCGCCUGCUUGGGAGCCCUAUAGACGGUAAAGACUGUCGUGCGUGGCAGAUAGUCCAGGGUUUGCCAGCUCCCCCUGUGCCUUCUCUCCGUGGAGCUUGAAGCUGGGCGUGCUGGGAACCAUGCAGAGGGCUGGGGCCAGGGCCCGCAGGGCCUCCGACUGUGGGCCUGCACCUUACCGGCCCAGGUGCAUUGCCAAGUUUGCCCAGUACGUGGGAUCCUUUCCUGUGGAGGACUUGGACACUCAGGAGAGUGUGUGCCUUGUACAGCAGCAGCUGUGGGCACUGCAGGACUGUUCCCGACGCCGGGCUGUCAUCCUGAAAUUCAGUCUUCAGGGUCUCAAGAUCUACAGUGGGGAGGGCGAGGUGCUCCUGAUGGCCCAUGCCCUGAAGCGCAUCCUCUAUGCCACCUGGUGCCCAGCCGCCUGUCAGUUUGCUUUUGUUGCCCGGAACCCACGCAGCCCAGCCACCAAGCUCUUCUGCCACCUCUUUGUGGGGAGCCAGCCUGGAGAGGUCCAUAUCCUACACCUGCUGCUCUGCCGCUCCUUCCAGCUUGCUUACCUCUUGCAGCACCCUGAGGAGAGGGCACAGCCUGAGCCCUGCCUGGGGCCUGUGGGGGACAUGUCCCCGAAGCCGCUCUGCAGCCCUGGGGCACCCCCUGCCCUGGUGCGAGAGCCCUUCAGCCGAGAUCAGCUGUCCGAGAACGUCCACGCCCUGGUCUCCUUCCGACGGCUUCCUGCAGAAGGGUUACUGGGCACUGGUGGGGUACACAAUGCCCCCAGUCAGGAGAAGGAGCUGCCAGAGUCAGAGGGCCGUGGGGGCACCCGUCACACUCGCCUGGGAAAUCCCUACUGCUCCCCCACGCUGGUGCGCAAGAAAGCCAUCCGCAGCAAGGUGAUCCGCUCUGGGGCCUACCGAGGCUGCACCUAUGAGACACAGUUGCAGCUGUCAGCCCGGGAGGCCUUUCCAGCUGCAUGGGAGGCAUGGCCCCGAGGCCCUGGUGGCACCUCGUGCCUGGUGGAGAAUGAAGGCAGCCUGACAGAGAACAUCUGGGCCUUCGCUGGCCUCUCCAGGCCCUGUGCUCUAGCCCUACUGCGGAGAGAUGUGCAUGGGGCCUUCCUGCUGUGGCCAGAGCCAGGUACCAGUGGCCAGUGGAACCUGUCUGUACGGACCCAGUGUGGUGUGGUGCCUCACCAGGUCUUCAGGAACCACCUGGGCCGGUAUUGCCUAGAGCACCUACCAGCGGAGUUCCCCAGCCUGGAGGCCCUGGUGGAGAGCCACGCCGGGAUGGAGCGCAGCCUCUUCUGCCCGCUCAACAUGGGCCGUCUCAACCCCACCUAUGAAGAGCAGGACUGUGGUCCCGAGGGCAGGCUCCCACGGACUCUGCGGCCCCUCAGCCAUGCCAAGUCCGAGGCAGAACUGCAAGGUCUGGGCUAGGACGCAAGCCCUCAGUCCCUUGUGGGCCCAGCUUUGCCUUGGCCUCUGGUGUGCAGCAGUCACUCUGCCCUUCUUGCACCCCACUCACAGGCCACCAGCUCCAAACAGGUCAAUCUGCCCCUUGAUCGGUCUUCCAUCAUUUCUUUGCCCAUGGGAGAGAAGCCCUGAGGUUGGAGUUGAAGGUAACAGGACCUCUCCCAGGGACCUGGGGCCAGCUGAGAUGCCAGGACGAACAGGUUAGAGCCAGGGCUCUGGUAACCAGGCCAUUGCCAGCUUCCCACUGUCCUCCUUGUGCAGAGGCUUUCCCGGCAGUUCAUGGAUGUGGGUGCAGCCCUUGCUGGAGGAAUCUAAGCUUCUGCUGCAUGGGGAACCCCAGACAGAGAGCUCCCCAUAGGGAACCGGAUGCUUAGGGAGUUGCAGAUGUACCACCCUCAACUCAUUUCCUGGAGUCACCCUAAGUGAGCCAGCAGUGAGAAAACCACAGUCAGUUUAGUGGCUACUUUUGGAAGCCACCUCAUGCUGGUGUUUCCAAAACACAGUGCUGACCAUUGGGCAUGGCUGGCCCUGGUCACCUCAGCCACAAGUCAACCCUGCUUGCAAUGAGAACUACAACUAAUGCCCACA